AUGGCUUCAAGCCGGAGGCCAUGGCGGAAAUAUCGAGACGACUUAGUGCUCUUGCUUCCGGUGGCCACGCCUUCACGUAUGUCAAGGAAGCAGCAGGAUCUCUAUGGAACAAGUCUGAGCCGGCAGAUAUACAGAGGAGGCGGGCCCGUGAUGCUCAAAGAUUCCAGAGCGUUGGUCCAACGUGCAUUUACAAAACUGGGGUAUUUGGACGGCGACCUUAACACGGAUAUGGAGGAAGCAGCUUUGGUUUUUGUCAAUGCACCUCACAAUACCCACGUGCUCCGCAAGGAGCUGGACUUGUUGCCGACCGAAAAGGACAACUUCGCGGACACCCUUGACAAACUACGUUGUGCCUUCCGGUCAAAUCUCUCCCAAGCUCGCUGGAAAGUUGCACCGAGCGACAGCACGAUCCGGCGGCUCCUCUGCAAGCAAGGGCUUCUCUCCAAUGUUCACACCACGUCCGAGGACGUACUGGCUGCUAUGACCCAGUACAGCUUGCAGCACGGCUUACCCACAAUGAGAAGCUACAAUGGUUAUGUUUAUCGCAUAUUGCGGUCUCUUGACUGCAGCCCCACCACCACCAGCUUGAUUGAAAUCAGCAGCUAG